GAAAAGCAGCAGGUAGCAGCUUAAGGAAGUGACUCGUUUCAUUCUUCUUGAAGGGAACAUAUAUAACGCGUUAUACACGUAUGAUGAAGAGGAUAUAAUGAGUGAUGAAACAUUAGAAUCAUUAGGAGUCAAGUUAGUGGACCAGGAUCAGUUGGAAACUUCUAUCACUAAGAAAGCUAACGAGACCCUCAUUACUAAAGAUACUGAAUUAGAUCAGAAAAGAUUAGAGAAAGCAGAGAAGGAUUUGAAUAAAACUGUGUUAAGAAUCAGAGCUUUGAAUAGUAAGUUACAUCAUCCAAGAACAAAGAUUAGUCAAAGGAAACUGAUCAAAGAUGAGAUUGAAUGGUAUGAAGAAAAUGAAUUAAAGCAAAGACAAGAAGACGUGAAUGAUAUAACGAAAAGAUUAGAAGAGAACAAGGCUCAAUUGAAUGAAUCUAGAAAUUCAACUUCUAAAGUGGGUGACAAACCUGAUACAAGUGCUGAACGUUUGCCCGAUGAAACAGAGAAGGAUUUUUUAAUAAGAACAGGUAAAAUUACUGCCUUUGGUAAUGAAAAUUUAUUUUAUCAAGAUGAUAAAGAAGAAGGUAAGGAUGAUGAAGUUAAAAGUCAUGUAUACUUACGUGCUCCAGGCUUUGAAAAUACUCCUGAAGUGGUAGAUUUCACUGCCGUUGACGAUGAAGAUCUUGAAGAAAAUGAGGCUGGUAAGGUGGAGGAAGAUUUAGUUAGUUCAGAUGAUGAUGCUCCAACUGUUAAAAGAAGAAAGCUUAGUGGAGAUGAUGAUUUCGUGGAUGAUGACUCAGCUGACGAUGAUGUUAAAGAUGAGAUAAUAGAUGAAGAAGCAAUAGAUGAAAGUGACGAUGAACUAGAUGAAAAAUCCGAACAAAGAAAUAUCGAUGAUGGUAAUGAAACUUUAUAUCAAGCGAGAUUAAAGGAUUGGGUUAAGAGAAGAUCAAAGUUACGUAAAAAUGAAAGUGCCGAAGAAAAAAAUAAGGAAGAAUGGUUCAAACCUCAUCCCACCAUCUCAGAUGCCAAAUUAAAUGAUCAGUUUAGAUUACCAGGUGAUAUCUACCCAUCAUUAUUUGAUUAUCAAAAGACGUGUGUACAAUGGUUAUGGGAAUUAUACUCUCAAAAGACAGGGGGGAUCAUUGGUGAUGAAAUGGGUCUUGGAAAAACCAUUCAAAUCAUAUCGUUUGUUGCAGGAUUGCAUUAUUCGGGUUUAUUAACGAAACCUAUAUUGGUAGUGGUACCAGCCACUGUUCUAAAUCAGUGGGUGAAUGAGUUUCACAGAUGGUGGCCACCCUUAAGAUGUGUAAUUCUUCACAGUAUAGGUUCAGGUAUGGGAAAAACUGAUGCUUCAGAAGAAAGACUAGAACAGUUUCUUGAAACUAGUGACCCAUCAAUGUCAAGGAAAUCAUUAAAAGGUAUCAAUACUGAAAUCAAUGCUAAAGAUAUCAUCGACCGUGUCAUGGAAAAGGGACAUGUUUUAGUUACAACAUACGUUGGUUUAAGAAUUUAUUCAAAGCAUAUAUUAAGACGUCAAUGGGGUUAUUGUAUUCUUGAUGAGGGUCAUAAAAUCAGAAACCCAGAUCUGGACAUAUCUUUAACUUGUAAACAAAUUAAAACUCACAAUAGAAUAAUCUUAUCAGGUACUCCGAUUCAAAAUAAUCUUAUUGAACUUUGGUCUUUAUUUGAUUUUGUAUUUCCCGGUCGAUUAGGAACAUUACCUGUAUUCCAACAACAAUUCUCAAUUCCAAUUAAUAUGGGUGGGUACGCUAAUGCAUCCAACGUUCAAGUUCAAACAGGGUAUAAAUGUGCAGUCAUAUUGAGAGAUUUAAUAUCUCCCUAUUUGUUAAGGCGUCUUAAAAGCGAUGUCGCUAAGGAUUUGCCUAAAAAGAAUGAAAUGGUUUUAUUCGUAAGAUUAACUAAGGACCAGCAAGACUUAUAUGAGAAGUUUCUUGGUAGUGAAGAAUUAGGUGCAAUUUUAAAGGGUAAAAGAAACGUAUUGCUUGGAGUUGAUAUCUUGAGAAAAAUUUGUAAUCAUCCCGAUCUAGUUAAUCGAGAUAUUUUAAGGUAUAAGAAGGGUUAUAAUUAUGGAAAUCCAGUCAAAUCAGGAAAGAUGCAAGUAUUACAGAAUUUAUUACAAUUAUGGCAAAGUCAAGACCAUAAAACUUUAUUGUUUUGUCAAACAAGACAAAUGUUAGAUAUCUUGGAAAAGUUUGUGGCUAACUUACCCAAGUUAGAUGUUGAAACACAAGGUGAAGGAGAUUCCUUUUUCAGUUACUUGCGAAUGGAUGGUUCUACACCGAUUGCCAAACGUCAAGCACUUGUCGAUCAAUUCAAUGAAGAUCCUAAAUUGAGUGUGUUUUUAUUAACCACCAAAGUAGGUGGUUUGGGUGUUAAUCUUACUGGAGCUGAUAGAGUCAUAAUUUUUGAUCCAGAUUGGAAUCCAUCUACAGACAUGCAAGCAAGAGAAAGAGCCUGGAGGUUGGGUCAGAAGAAGGAUAUUACCAUUUACCGUCUUAUGACUUCGGGUUCGAUAGAAGAAAAGAUAUAUCAUAGACAAAUUUUCAAAACCUUCUUAACCAAUAAGAUUUUGAAAGAUCCUAAACAAAGAAGAUUUUUCAAAGUUAAUGAUUUACAUGAUUUAUUUACGUUGGGAGAUCAAAAUGAAGUAGGAACUGAAACUGGUGAUAUGUUUAAUAGUUCUGAACAAAAUUUUGGUGGUAAUAAAAAUAGAAAAUCAACUCAUUUAAUGAAGAAAAAGCAUAGCAAUGAUGAUGAUUUCUAUCAAGUUGCUAGUAUAGCUGGUGUAUCUAAAUUAGAUGAGUUUGAAGCAGAUGAAGAUGAUAAUGAUUCUAAAACUAAAACUAACGAUGAUAGUAGAAUUAUGGAGAAUAUUUUUUCCAAUAGCGGAGUUCAUAGUACUUUGCAACAUGAGGAAGUUAUAAAUUCAGGUAACCAAGAGCUUACAUUGGUUGAAAAGGAAGCUAAUAGAGUUGCAAAUGCUGCUGCACAGGCACUUAAACAAUCAAGAAAGCAAGCAAGAACCAAUGUUGUUGGUACACCAACUUGGACGGGUAAAUUUGGAUUAGCAGGGAAGUUUGGACCUAAAAGGACUACAAUUGCUGUCCAAAGCCCUCAUAAUGGGAAUCGUCCAUCAAAUCUUCUGUCUAGUUCAAUUUUAGGUAAAUUGAAGAAGGAAAGGGUAACAUUAUUUGGAAAUAAGUCCAAGACAGGAACUACUACUAAUAGUAACGCUGAAAGUGAAGUGGUCGACAAGGUUCUUGAGAGCAAGAAAGAAAUCAUUAAAAAGUUAGUAGCCUAUUUAAAUGAUCAAAAAGAUAAUUUUAGUAGUUCAGGUAAUAUUUUGAAAAAUGUCAAUAUAGAAAUGAAAGAUUCGGGAGAUAUGGUGGAGAUUAGAUCAAUGUUAAGAGAAAUAGCUAAUUGGGAUGGUGUGAACAAAGGAUGGAUUCUUAAAAAUGAAUUCAAGACAUAAUAGAAUACUUUGUAUAGCCAUAAAUAAAUAAAUGUAAAAUUAUGGAUAAGGAUAAAAUUUCGGGCCGCAUUUUUCGUAGGCAAAAAUGUUUGA